GAGAAGAGAGGAAAGAGACAAUGGAGUAGAGAGAGAAAGUCUAGAGAGAGAAAAUCCCCCAUUCCCUUUCACUUUCUAUACAGAGAUAGGGAGAGAGGGAGUGAGUGUGAGCUUCCUUUGUCUGUUUCUCAAGCUUCAAGCUCUGCAAUCCCAUCUCUACAAUCUUCAUCUGAAGUUUGUUCGGAAUGCAAAGAGAUUUAUUUUAAAUGAGGAAAAGUUUGUUCAAAAUACGAAGAAAUUUUUGUUAGAUAAAUUUCCUUUUUCUGUCGGGAAGUUUGCUUGGAAUGUGAAGAGAGCUUGUCUUUUGUGCAAUUGAGUUGGAAUAAUUGUUGAAAAAUGAACGGGAAUAGACAAAUGGAGGUGCAUUACAUAAACACUGGCUUUCCUUACACAAUCACUGAAAGCUUUAUGGACUUCUUUGAAGGUCUUGGCCAUGUUCCGAUAAAUUAUGCUCAGGCUGAAGCAAUGCAUAAUCAGUCUAUCCAGGAAAACUUUUACUGGACAAUGAAUAUGAAUUCCUACAAAUUCGGAUUUUCUGGUCCCGGGAGUACUUAUUAUGGUCCUUAUGAUGUAAAUGAACAUGUACCAGGAAUAGAGGUCAGCAGGAGACCUUGGGAAUACCCUUCAUCCAUGAUUGUUGAAGAACCUACAACCAUAGAGACACAGCCUACAGGAAAUGAAGUCAUGAAUGUGCAUGCUAUUCCUGAAGAAUGCAGUCCAAAUCAUUACAGUGCCACCAGUUCUCAGGCUAUUUGGCAAGACAAUGUUGAUCCUGAUAACAUGACCUAUGAGGAAUUGCUUGAUUUGGGUGAGGCAGUGGGAACUCAAAGUCGAGGUCUUUCCCAGGAGCAUAUUAACUUGCUUCCAACCUGUAGGUACAAGUCCGGCCGCUUAUUCUCAAGAAAAAGAUCUGCGGAGAGAUGUGUGAUUUGCCAGAUGGGGUAUAAAAGAGGGGACCGUCAAAUAAAAUUACCCUGCAAGCAUGUCUAUCACACAGACUGUGGCACGAAAUGGCUUACCAUCAACAAGGUAUGCCCAGUUUGCAACAUCGAGGUAUUUGGUGAGGAAUCAAGGCACUAAUAACCGGAAACAGUCUUCCAUUUUCUUUGCUCGGUGAAAUUUUCUUAUUUGUUUUCCCUUUUUUCGGGUUUUCCCUCUCGGAUGCUUAGAGAUGGUUAAGGACACACUACAGUGAUGACUCUUUUCUUUCUUCACACUAGUUUUUGUUAAAUAGAAGAAGAAGAGAACAAACUCAGCUAUUAUAGCAGAAGGUUGGAUUUUUCAUGUAAUCUUUAAAUCUUUCACAUUCAAGUCUCAUUGUCUC